AAUUUGCACGAUCGCCAUUCGCCGAGCUGUCGCGCUACAUCAGUAUUUAAUUACCCGCCGUCUGUACGUGCAGCUCGCAGCAUCUCGCCUCUUAUCAGUGUUUUCGCGCAGUGUCGCCCACGGCAUCUUGGAUCUGUCUCUCGACCGUCGGUUAACAGUCUCGUGAAAACUCCUUGUCUACAUCUCUAUAUCAGUUUCCCGCGCGAAUCGCCGGAAAAUUCCGCGCAACUGUCCCGCGCAGAGUGGAAUGCACGAGUCUCCCAACUCGUUCCUCGUGGCACGUCGUUGAAAGCUCCGCCGAAGAGGAAAGCGAUAGAGGAGAAGACGCCGCGGAGAGAACGGAAUCUCGCGCGCGCGCGCGCGCGUGCGACAAGUAGCGCUUCAGUGAAAUCGUCCCCGCUCGCUGGACGAUAACACGUGGCUGUGCGUAUCAACGCGACAACCUCGUGUCGUGCUCUGGGAAGAUCCUCCCCAAGUCUCACGGGACCUAUCUUCGUCGGCGCAGGGAGACGAAAGGAUACCACGCGAGUUCGCGAACCGCGUCAAGCAUCACCGUCCGGAGGAGGCGUGGGACGAGCUAUCGCGAAACAUCUGCCCAACGCAGAUCAGCUCCGUACCGAUUCGGUGACAUUUGUUUGUGCAUGAGCGCAACCGCACGGCCGGUGCCCUGAAGAGAACAGUGGCUCGGCUCCGGCAACCCUGCGAGACUGGCAUCAUUAAAGUUGAUCCGUGAAACCGUCCUUUCGUCUCGAUGGUGGAGUGUACUAAUGUUAUAUAAUAGCAUGCAGUUCGCAUAUCGGUACACGUGGAAUCGAGAGAUCAUCGUCAACUCCCAGAAGCUCGUGAAAAGACGUUGAAUAUCGGCCGUCCCAUCGCGAUUACACGUGGGAGGAUCGCGCGUUCUUCUGCGUCUUCGUACGAGCUGCGGCACGUUACGUCGACGGUGCUGAAGGAACGAUCGUAUUGGAAACACCGGCCCUUCCCAACCAGCUGCACUAGAUACGCACUCCCACCUGAUCUCUCUCCUCCCGUCCCUUUAACGAGGAAAACGUCAAGCCACGCGCAAUUACCAUGGCUGCCUUAUGUUACAACGAACCCUUCUCAGAUUGGUUGGAGGAAAAGAUAGAUCUACCUAUAUUUGAGCAAAUAUCCUUUUUCGAAAAUAACAAACCAAUUUACCCAAAUAUCGUAAAGGCAUCGCAGCAACAACAGCAGCAGCAGCAACAACAGCAGCAGCAGCAACAACAGCAGCAGCAGCAACAACAGCAGCAGCAACAGCAGCAGCAGCAACAGCAGCAGCAUGACAACACGCAAACCCUUUUGCAGGAGUUCGAAACGGUUUUGGGUGACGUCGAAGCCUGCCAUCAAAUCAUUCCGGCAAGCAGUUCGACGCUAACUCCUCCUCAAUCACCCCCGCACAAAGCGGUCAAUGUGGACACGCAGCUGUUGAUCACUUUGCAGCCUGUUCAACCAUUUGCCGGCAAUCAAUCGAUAUACAGCAGUGUUCCAACGCAAGAACCGCUGUACGUAAACGACACAUCGCGUGAAUGGAACACUGAGAACAUAUCGCUUAGCCCGCUCAGCGGGGAUGUUGCGAACGAGUUAGCGGUGGUAGACGAAUACGUUCGCUCGCACGCCAAGGAUAUACCGUCUCCCUCAAGCCCGUGCAGUUCAGGUGGUAGUUACAUCUCGGCCGACGACAGCACUGAUGAUCCCGAUUGGACUUACGAAACCGAAAAAGAGAUCUCGAAGCACUCGGUUCACGACUCUUCGAAGCAUCGGUAUAAACCGUAUUCUCGAUCGUCUCUCGAGGACAAGAAAGUACGAAAGAAAGAGCAGAAUAAGAACGCGGCCACUCGUUACAGACAGAAAAAGAAACAAGAGGUCAAAGAGAUAGAAGGCGAAGAGCGUGAACUGGCUGAGCACAACGAGAAGCUGCAAGAGAAAGUGAAAAAUUUGCAGCAGGAGAUAGGAUAUCUAAAGGGGUUGAUGAGAGAAGUGUUCAAAGCCAAGGGUCUUCUUAAAUAAUCCAUUCGUCUAGAAACUCUCAUCAUUAUAUAUAUAAUCGUCUGUUUUACUUAAAUAUUAUUUGUUAAUUUUAGAUGUUUACUUUUUGUCACUAACUGUUUAACUGUAAUUGUAUACUAAUAUUAACUUUCACUAUCGUAUUUUCUAUUCGUGAUCUUUAUUUCUUAACAAGUAUUUGUUAAUAUGUAUUUUAUACAUAAAAUGUAUCUGUAAUAACUCGUCCGCAGCUUUUUAGAGAAAGUCUACAGACUUGAUUUUUAGAAUGAAAUGUACAUCUAAUCUAAAAUAGAGAGCGGGGUCCAUCACCAUCGGUAAACGUGGUGCGAUAGAUAACGCGUAUAAAUUGUGAAGUGUGCUCGAGUGAAGAUCUAACAAUCAUUUUAAUAUUAAAUGAGAAAGCUGCUAGUAUCUAUAUUAAACUAAUACCUAUGUUUCCGAGUACCAAAACUUGUUACAUUAAAAGAUUGUGCCAUGUUAAGGAUGAGCAAAAUCAAAGCGACGCUGCAUUGUUUGAAACUUUAGAUAUUGCUCAACUGCGACCAACAGAAUUUAAAGAAAAUCGAGCUAACGGAAAAAAUCCAAUCCGGCUUAUUAUAUGAAUGAGAAAUAUGCGGAUCCCUGAAGCAGAUCCUGUAUAUUUUAAAAGUUGUUGAACAAAUAUAUAAAUAAUUCUGAACAGUUUGAUAUAUGUUGAAUCAAAGUUGAAAACUGCUUGCUCGUGCACAUUCCACCAGUUAUCUAUCGCAUCUCUCAGAUGCGAAUCUUUUCAUUCCGAUUAAUUUUUAUCCUUUAUUGCAUAAUUAUAAUUUCAUACUGCAAAUUAUGUAGUACAGAAUAAAUGGGUCAAAUGAAACA